GGGGGCGGGGCUCCCCUAGGGGCGGCUCCCCCUCCCGGCCUGCCCCCCCCCGCGAGGAAGUAUUUGCACUGAAAAGAAAAGGGGGGGCGGCAGAAGAGGCGGAGCUGCCAGAAGAGCCCCCCCCCGCCCCGCUGCUGGCUCGCCGCCUCUUCCUCCGGGGGGGCUGGGAUGCCCCAUGGAGCGCAUGGAAGUGGAGCCCAGCGGGGCGGGGGGGGCCCUGCGGAGGUCCAACAGCGCCCCCCUCCUGCCGGGGUCCUGCGGGACCCCCCCGCGGAAGGAGGAGCCGGCCGGGCCCCCCCGGAGCCGCCGCAGCAGCGUCUGCCUGGACAGCGGGCUGGGGGUUGAGGCCGUGAGCGAGACGCUCCCCAGAGUUUGGGGGGCCCCCAGCAGCAGGGCGCCCCCUGGCGGCCUCCACGGCGGCAGCCCCGGACCGGGGACCAGCUAUGGGUUUUCCAGCCCCCCCAGUGCUGUGACCCCCCACUCCUGGCAUCUCCAGAGGCUCCCCACCUCCCCAAGCACAAGGACCCCCCCAACGCUGGAAACCCUGAAGAGGAAAGGUAGAAAAAGAAAAGGGGGAAACAUGGAAGAACAUGAGCAUUGCUGGUGGAGGGGCCCCUCUCAUUUGUGGGGGGCUCCAAGAGCGAGGACUGGACAUCGACUCCCCCCCGAAAAAGCUCUUUGUGGCGGGGGUCCCCCUCACGCCCCCAGCCCCAUAGCUCUGGCAUUCAGACCAGAGCCCUCCUGGCUAGGCGCCAUCGACAGCCUGAGGGAGUUCCGCAGUUAA